AUGCUAGCAGCUCUAUCAAAAUGCUGCUAUGGUGCACCUGUGAAUGUUUUAUCUUCGGGCCGACAUGAAAACGGUUUAGUUCUAGGCUCUCCAGUGGCUAGAGUUUAUGGGAGUCUAUAUGGCCAAAUGGGGCUAAAUUGGGCCCUUGACAUAACACGAGAGGCUGACAGAAGAAACCUGUUCCGCAAAAGACUCAGUCCUCAUGAGCUUCUGCCUCGGCUUCAGCCGGGAUGA